AUGAGCAGCAAGCCAUCCAUAGAAAUAGAAGGAGUUCAUUUAAUUAAUGAGUUUGUUCAUACUUGGACAUAAAAAUAUCUCUUUCAAACAACAUAUUAGGAACAUAACAAGCAUGGAUAUGUGUUUAUGACAGAAUUUAGCUUGCCACAAGUUAAUAAACCCAUUCCAACUGCUACUGUUAAAGUCUAUUUUUAUCUUAAUGAGGAUGAAAGCUCACCUAAAGGCAUUAAAAUAACUUUCAGAUUUGAAAAUGAUUCAUUAAUACAUACUCCUGAUCGUACAAUCCGUAUAAGUCAAAUGGAAAAAUGGCUUGAAAAAAUAUUAGAUAAAAAGGCAAGGACUAGCAAGAUUCUCUUUUUAGGAACAGAAUUUGAAUCUACAAGAAUAAAGCAUGAAAAGCUUGAUAAAAUAUUUGAAGAAUGGAAUUACAAAGAAGAAGUAGUAGAGUAAAAAAAAUUAUCAAAAGAUUUGUUAGAGUAGCCAGAUGAGUUAGAUACUAAUGAAGAAUUUGUAAAUGAAGAUGAAUAAAUUGAAGUACUUAAAAGAUCCCUCUUUUAAGUUUUUAGAAGUGUAGAUAGAGAUGAUUUAGGAGUAGUUUCAUUUAAUGAGUGUAUUGAGGUCUUUAAGCUCAUGGGAUUGGAGCUUGAAAAAGAUUAGUGGGAUGAAUUAAUGACAAUGGCUGAUUCCAAUAAAAAUGGAAUUAUUGAAUAUAGAGAAUUCAUUCCUUUAGGUGCUGAAAUUAUUCACGGAAUAUUUAUGAAAAAUUAGGCUAGCAAAUAUUUAAGAGAAAGAGAAGAAGAGUACCUUUUGCAAUCAAUUUUAAUUUUAUAGAAUGAUGAAAUGCAUACAAUAGUGCACGAAUUAAUUAAAAAAUGCAAGGAAUUAGAUGAAGAAGAUGAACUCCAUUGGAUUAGUUUAGAAAAUUUAGAAAAGCUAUUCAGUGACUUUGGCGAAAAAUUCUUUAAUCCAUCUGAAAAAAUUGAGUUGCUGAAAUAAAUAGCUCGUGAUUACCCUGAUAAUGAAAUUCCCUAUGAAAAGUUGUAUGACAUCCUUCUAAACUUUAGAAUUUAAAUACUUAAAAAUGGUUUGAUGGAAAGCUAAUUGAAUAAGUUAGAAAUAUUUAUCAGAUAGCUAUGCAUACCUUAUGAUAAGGAAAAUAAAGGACUCAUCCAUCUUGACGAUCUAAUGAAUGAACUAAAAAAAACAACAGAAAUUAUUUUAACUAAAACACAAACCUAUAUCAUCAAGAGCUUCAUUAAUAAGGACGAAAAUAACAUGAUUUCAUAUCUCACAGAAUCUAGAAUUUUAGCUUCUAUUAUCAAGAAAUUCUUUACUCCUAAUUUAAUUAAAAAGAAAGCCCGUUUUAUAGAAGAAGGAUUUAUUAGAGCAGACUAAUUAAUGGAAGGAUGGAGUUAGGCAGAGCUAAGAUAAGAAUAAGAAAAGUUAUACGACCAAUUCACAAAAGAAAACUAAGGAAAACUUGAUCUUAAAGGUCUUAAAAGGAUGAUGAGAAAGUGUAAUUUCAAGUGUAGUGAAGAAGAAAUUCAGCAAUAUAUUGAAUAAUUUGGUAAUACAGAAGGAUAUGUAGAAAAAGAAGUAUUUGUAAAAAGUUUCUACGAUAUACUAAAACACUUAAGAUGUCAUCAAGCUAUAGAAAGAUUAUCGGUCAUUUGA